AUGGGGAGAGAAAUAGAGAAUAGAAGUGAGUCUAGUCAUUCCAACACCAAUCUGACAGACUUGACCAUCAAGGACUCUGUCGAGUAUGACGGGGCGUUCAGAUUCGUCAAUGACAGGGGAACAAACCCUUCCGUUCAAAUUGUAUCCUCCAAGGUGAUUCGCAAAAUCGAUUUGAGGAUCUUGAGCUUGCUCUGUGCCAUUUACUUUCUUCAAUUCUUGGAUAAGUCCCUUCUCAACUAUGCAGCUGCGAUGGGAAUCAAGAAAAACUUGAAGGGAAACGAGUUUGCCAACUUGUCUACCAUAUUUUACGCGGCCUAUAUAUUUGGGGAACCGUUCGUUGCAUAUCUGCUUCAAGUCUUCCCACUCGCAAAGACACUCGGAUUAUUUAUUGUGUGCUGGGGUAUUGUGGUGGCUUGUCAUGCGGCAUGCGAGUCGUAUGCAGCUUUGAUGGUAGUUCGUACACUUCUCGGAAUAUUCGAGGCUUCUUCGGCUGUGUCUUUGAUUAUCAUCAGUGGCAUGUUUUACACAAAGCCUCAGCAGGCCAGCAGGAUGGGCAUUUGGUCCGUGAUGUCGGGAGUCGCUACAAUUGUGGGGGGUUUGCUUUCGUUUGGCUUCCAACACGUGCACACCACCAGGCUCUUGUCAUGGCAAAUUUUGUUCCUUUUCAUGGGGAUUAUCACCACCUUGUUCGGGGUUUUUGUGGCUUUCUACUUGCCAAAUAAUGUCACAGACGCUACCUUUUUGAGCGACGACGAGAAGGCAUGGGUAUUGGAGAAUGUCAGAGUCAAUCAGACUGGUACAAUCAGCAAAAAGUUCAAGAAGGAGCAAAUAUUCGAAUUGCUUUUCAGUGACAAAUUCACCUGGCCAUUCUUUUUGUUGACUCUUGUGUCCCAAAUUGUGACGGGAUCAGUUGGCACAUUCAGUGUUACUGUCACGUUAUCAUUUGGAUUUGAUAGCUACGAAUCGGCCUUACUUCAAAUUCCAGUUGGGGUGUUAAUUAUUGUUAUUAUUGGUACUGCUACCCAGUUAGUGUCACGCUUUGGCCACAUCACUUACAUAACAAUUUCAAUGUUUGUCCCAUCCGUUAUUGGAGCAAUCAUGCUUUUGGCAACCAACUACCACAAAAACAAGAUAGCCAACUUGUUUGGACUUUAUUUGAUUUACAGUGGAUCUUCGGUGAUCACUCUCAUCUACGCUUGGGUCAGUGCUAACACUGCGGGAACCAGUAAGAAGUUCUUCAGAAGCGGUAUGACUAUGAUUGCAUUUUCUAUCGCAUGUAUCAUUGGUCCCCAACUAUUUCAAGCAAACAGUGCUCCAGGUUAUCGUCCUGCUAAAAUCACUAUUUUGGUCACCCAGGUAUUAUGUAUUCCGCUCACGUUCUUGAUGGGAUACUUGGCUAGACAGGAGAAUAGCAAGAGAGAUAGUGAAGAAGCGCAAGAUUUGCCAGCUAAUUAUGAAUUUUUGGACUUGACGGAUAUUCAAAACCGCUCGUUCAGAUACAUUCACUGA